AUGAGCCUCGACGAACAAGAGCCAAUGCAGUGGACUGCACCGACCAACCCUCUCCUCAGCUCCAUGACCCAGAAUAGCGCGGGUUACAAUGCGUCUAACCCAUUUCCACCUGGUACUGGAGACUUCUACCACUACGCCGAGAACGGAAUGUCCUACAACGACAACUUCACUAUCGCGUACCCGAUUCAGUAUUCCAACGCAAGCUGCCCCCGAUCUUACACCGGCAUUGACCUCCCUGGCCUUCCUGCUGAUAUCAGUAUGACCGACUCGCAUCCACCCACCGCCUAUCACAUCGAACCGCCGAGCCACCUCGACGCUAUGGACCUUUCAGACCAAGAGAUCAGCGGCCAGCUCAUGCAGCUAAGCAACGACUUCGACCAUCAUCCGUAUGGUGCGCACAUGAAGGUUGAGGAUUCCAAUGGCUACCAGAGCCCAUACUCCGACCUGACGCGUGCAUCCACUCCUCACGAUGAUCCCCCUCGAUAUCCUCAUGAUCUCUCUGGAGAUGGCGUCAUCGACAAAGAGCAGCCGUACGCACAGCUCAUCUACCAAGCCCUGCUCAACGCACCCAGCAAUACAAUGAUUCUCCGCGAUAUCUAUGAGUGGUUCAAGGCCAACACCGACAAGGCCAGCGCCUCGGAGACAAAAGGCUGGCAGAACAGUAUCCGACACAAUCUGUCAAUGAAUGGGGCCUUCGAGAAAGUCGACCAACCAGGCGAAGAAUCCCGCAAGGGCUUCAUGUGGCGCCUAACCGAAGAAGCCAUCCGCGAAGGCGUCAAAUCCACAACCCGCUACCGCAGCAAGCAGCCCAACAAACGCGGCCACCGGACUCAGCAACCGCAGCCUCAGCGUCAAGCCUCCGGCGCCAAGGGCGGUCAAGCUGCACGUCGCUCGGCGAGGAUGAAACGAAGCGGAAGAAUGCACGACGGUCAUCGCAAUGGCAACGACCAGUACAUCUCCCGAUCUGUCCCCUCGGCUUUCGAUCCGAGUUAUCGCAGCGUACCAGCAGACGCUUAUCCGCCGAGCCCAUACUACGGAAGUGACGUGGACUUUGGCUAUCCAUCUUCUUCUUCGUCCCGAACCGACGACUUCACCCUCAACAAUCCCAACGCCAAUGUCCUUGGUCCCCAUCACCACACUCAUCUCGAUCUCUUCUCCGCACCUACACGCUCCUACCCGGGUAGUCCCAUGUCGCAACACCGUCACGAUCUCUCGCACUCCAUGUCAAUACAUCCGCUAUCGCAAGGUCUGCCACAUGGUCUGCCUAUUGGGGAUACGGCGUAUGUGCUUGAGCAGAGUCCAGAGGGUGGCUUGUUUAGCAAUAGUCCUAGUCCGAGUGCAGAUGAGCCGAGGACGCCAGUUGAUCAAGGGGUUUGGCGCGAGGAUGUUGGUUUGGGAAUGGGUAUGGGUAUGGCGGUCGGACAAGGAUCGGGGUGUGUGUUUGAGGAUGCGGCGGGGAUGGGGUAUAGGGCUUAUACUGGUUAG